CGGCGGAAGAGUGGAAAGUCGCGAUUAAUUUUGUGCGUUUUCUUUCGGUAGUCAAAUGAAUUUAAAUCAUUUCCCGAAUGAGGUGCUUUGCUGCAUUUUCGACUAUCUGCCGUGGAAGGAACGGCAACGUGUUUCGCUAGUGUGUGGCCGAUGGAACGCAAUCAUCAAUUCCGAGCACUUUCUGCGCCACCAGAAGCUGGUACUGUACAACUGUAGCAAAGCCAAAUUUUUCUACGGCGUGAGUGAUCAGCUGUUGCGUCGCCAAAAAUGCAUCGAAUUCAAUUCCAACGCUAUGCUGGACACCGAGGAGCUGUUGCUGACCGUGCGUGACACGUUCGGUGGUGGUGAGGCUAUGGUCGAAUCGCUCACCCUUAACAUGCGUUCUGAACAUCGGGCCGCGUUCGAGCUGAUCGUGGCUAAUCUACCAAAACUGGCCCACUUACGAGAGCUGAAAAUUUCGGCCAACGAGGGGCUAAGCAAGGGUCUGGUGAUAAGCAGUGCGUGUUUGGAGAGGGCAAACAUUUCCUUCUAUCAGAACUCGCUCUGUGUGCUCGAUACCCCGCGGCUCCAUACGCUGCAUCUCACAGUGCGGUACCGAAGCGAGAUGGAGCUGCUGAAAGCGGUCAGUGACCAGCUGACGGAACUGGAAGUGUCGUUCAUCUCGAAGGAUCAUGUUGCUAGCCUCUUUGACUGCGAUUUCCGUUCGUUGCGAGUGUUGGCCAUCGCACUCAAGAAUGAUAAGUACAUAUCCUAUGGUUCACCGACGCCUGCCAAAGCGAUGGACACGGAUGGUGUAUUCACGCAGACAAUCGGAGGACUUCAGAGUUUGAGCAUCGUCGAUAUGUGUUGCAUAUUUGAUCUGGACUUUCUACAGAUGUUUACGCACGCCACCUCACUCACGGCUUUGGCGAUCAAUAACAUUAAGCUGGUCAAUGAAGUACACGAUUUUAUAAAUAGUUUCCGUAAGCUAGAGUAUCUCAAUCUCGAUGGGUGCACAACGUCAAACGAUGAACCGAAAAGACUGGAUCUACCGGUGCUUCAGACGCUCGUGUUGCCUCACAAGCAUAACCCACUGUUUAGCAUUACCGAGCUACAGACGCUCACUACGCUGUACUAUAGUAACGCGAUGAAAACGAAAACGAAUUUUAUCGAGAAGAUGGCGAAAGCAUUCGCCAAUCUUCAGUUUCUGUACGUUCAAAACUUUGAUUACGAACUCGACUCGAACGCGUUCGUCUCUCUCAAUCUGCUGUCGAAGCUGCGCGUACUGACGAUCAAGGAUAUGUCCGUGUCCUGCCAGGUGUUUGCCAACUGCAAAACGGUCCCCAAUCUGGAGCGUCUAGUCAUGGAUACGAUAGUGACGGAAGUGUCGAUAUUGGAAACGAUUCCUUCAAUAUUUCCCUCACUGCAAUCCUGCGUCCUGAAGAACUGUUUCUUUUAUCUCAUACCAAAAGAUAAGAGUUGCAGCUACAUGGAGUUUGAGGAGCUGCGGCGCCAGAUGCCUAGCUGUCGGGUUUCCACAAGAACUUCGACAGUUUUUAUCAACCAACAGCAUCAAUGACAAUGAGCUGGUUUUAGAUGUAGCGUGUAUUACGCAAACACGACAAAUCUGUAAAUGAUAGCUUCCAAUCCGACCCUAUACGGAACAGUGAUAUGUAUAGUGAUGUUUUGAUGAGGUGGAAAUAGAAAAUAGUGGUUCGUGACGAACUGCGCCAUAAAGGUAGGUGGUCAGUGUGUACGAUUGUAAGAAACAUAUAUAAGCUCGGGCCAUGGAGAGGCAUGAGCCGAAAUAGCUCAGUUGGGAGAGCGUUAGACUGAAGAUCUAAAGGUCCCCGGUUCAAUCCCGGGUUUCGGCACAAGGGAACAUCUUUUUACAACUUUUUUGUUUACCACCGAGACGAUUGGUAAUAUGUUACGAGUUUCGUUAUAUUGUUUCUAGUGGGAUUGUUUUGUUUACCAUUUAUACAAUGUUUUAAUUUAAAUUGAGAGAAAGUGGUCGUUUAUAUACAAUAAAAACCAAAUAUUUGGUUUGGAAUAUAAAAAAAACAUCCAAUUGAAUU